GUACCCACCGGCACCGGCAUGUGUAGUGACACAUGCGGUUCCAUCCCAGUAAAGUAUCCUUUCGGCACAGGAUUGGGAUGUGGGAACCCAGAUUUUGGGAGAUACAUAAAAUGCAAAGCAGGGAAACUCCAAUUCUCAACAAGUAGUGGUGCCUACACUGUUUCUUCAAUUGAUUACCAAACUCAAACUGUUAUACUCUCAGAUCCCCUCAUGUCAACUUGUAAUUCGAUGCAGAAUUCAGGUAGUUUUAGAUUGGAUUCAUCUUCUCCAUUCAAUAUAGUAACAGAGGAUAUCUUUGUUUUGCUUGGUUGCUCUACAACAUCUCCAGUUUUCGAUCCAAAUGAGGAGUUAUGCGACAACACUGGUUCAGCUUCUCGUGUGUGUAAGGGUUUGUAUUCUUGCAAAGGUGUUUCAGGAAUUGGGUUGGAACCAAAUGCUCCAAUUUCUACUUGUUGUGUUUAUGAAGCACCAAUUGGGCUGUUGGGUUCUUCUUCAUAUGCAGUACUUGAUCUUCCUAAGCUUCAAUGUUCAUCUUAUUCAUGUAUUUAUGGCUUUGGGGAAGAUGAGAUGGAUCCAAAGAAAUGGAAUUAUGGAAUUUCUCUUCAGUUUAAUGAUUCUAAUUAUCAAACAGAUGCUUCUAAUUGUAAGAAUUGUGAGGUCAGUGGUGGUUUGUGUGGCUUCAAUGGCUUGGAUGAAUCUUUUGCUUGUGUUUGUCGUAAUGGUGUCAACACCACCACUACCUGCUAUGGACAAGGCUAUACAUGGAGUGGAACAUGGAGACCCAAAAUUCAAAUCAAAUGGAGUCUCUCAGGGAUUUUCGUCGUCUGGAUUGCAUUCUUUUAUUUAAGCAUCAGAGGAUAUGGCUUCUCAUAA